AAUUGCGCUUUCCCGGACGCCAGCCUCCGGGUCGGAAAGGAGGUGGCAGUAGCCUGUCGUGGACUUGGACGGUUUCUGAGCGUUCGUGUCUCUCACCCGCCACCUUCCCUCCCUUGGGUUCCACAAUGCCGAUGUACCAGGUAAAGCCCUAUCACGAGGGCAGUGGAUCUCUCCGUGUAGAGCUUCCCACCUGCAUGUACCGGCUCCCCAGCGUGCACGGUAGGAUCGGCAGCCCCGCGCCAGCCGCGAGCCACGUGCAGGAAGAGUCGGACCCAUCUCUUCAAGCUCUUGAGUCCCGCCAAGAUGAUAUUUUAAAACGUCUGUAUGAAUUGAAAGCUGCGGUCGAUGGUCUCUCCAAGAUGAUUCAGACACCAGAUGCGGACUUGGAUGUAACCAACAUAAUCCAAGCUGACGAGCCCGCUGCUUUAUCGACCGGUGCAUUGGACUUAAAUUCCGUGCUUGGAAAGGAUUACGGGGCGCUGAAGGACAUCGUGAUCAACGCCAACCCCGCCUCGCCACCCCUCUCCCUGCUUGUGCUGCACCGGCUGCUCUGUGACCACUACAAGGUCCUGUCCACCGUCCACACGCACUCAGCGGUCAAGAGCGUGCCGGCAAACCUCCUCAGGUGCUUCGGCGAGCAGACGAGGCAACAGCCCCGUCACGAGUACCAGCUGGGUUUCACUCUGAUUUGGAAGGACGUGCCGAAGACUCAGAUGAAGUUCAGUGUCCAAACGAUGUGUCCCAUCGAAGGAGAAGGGAACAUUGCACGCUUCCUGUUCUCUCUCUUUGGCCAGAAGCAGGAUGCUAUGAAUUUAACCCUCAUAGAUAGCUGGGUAGAUAUAGCUAUUUUUCAGCUAAAAGAGGGAAGCAGUAAAGAAAAAGCCGCUGUGUUCCGCUCCAUGAACUCUGCUCUCGGGAAGAGCCCCUGGCUCGUUGGGAAUGAACUCACGGUGGCGGAUGUCGUGCUGUGGUCCGUUCUCCAGCAGACAGGGGGCUGCAGUGGGACAGCGCCAGCCAACGUGCAGAAGUGGAUGAGGGCCUGUGAAAACCUGGCCCCUUUUCACACGGCCCUCAAGCUCCUUCAGUGAACCUCAGUCACUGAUUUUAAAGGGUUUAAAUUUUAAGGAUGGUGCUGUUUUGUGCCUAUUAUUGGUAAAGGGACUUGUACUAAAAUCAAAGUCUUUAUUUAGGCCAGUGGUUAAAUAUCAAUAAAUGCAUCAUAUAAUUAA